AUGGCCUCCGUUUCGCCACCUAAGCCGUGGGAGAGGGCAGGCGCUGCUGCGGGCUCUGCCAUCACAGCUUCACCUUCACCCACCGCCCCGACCACCAUGACCGCAUCCGCUGCCCCGACCGCGGCCAGCGCCUCGGCCCCAACGCCCACCGCAUCCUCCACCUCCGCUGCCCCCGAUCUCCCCUCUCGCCCCAAUUCCUUGAACUCCGUCGUCAAUCGCAACGCAUCCACCUACUCGCCCUACGGCGCUUCCCGCUUUGGCUCGUCUCCCUACGGCGGCUACGGGUCCUACUCCUCCCCGUACUCGCGCUUCGGCUCCAUGGGCUCCAUGUAUGGGGGCUACGGAGGCUACGGCGGCAUGUACGGUGGCAUGGGGGGUAUGGGCGGCAUGGGUGGGAUGUACGGCGGCGGCAUGCCUGGUGACCCCAACGAUCCCAACAGCCUGACGAACUCGUUCAGCCAAAGCACCCAGGCCACGUUCCAGAUGAUCGAGAGCAUCGUCGGUGCCUUUGGCGGGUUCGCUCAGAUGCUGGAGAGCACAUACAUGGCGACUCACAGCUCUUUCUUUGCCAUGGUCUCGGUUGCCGAGCAAUUCGGGAACCUCCGCAACACUCUUGGCUCGGCCUUGGGGAUCUUCACUAUCAUCCGCUGGUUCAGAACUCUGAUCGCGAAACUGACCGGCCGUCCUCCCCCGGUGGAUGCGACCGCGCUGACCCCGUCGGCCUUCGCGGCUUUCUUGAACGGCCGCUCCUCCCCCGCCACUCUGCCUGACGGCUCUCCCGCCCCUCCGAAACCCUCCAAGAAGCCGUUCUUCAUGUUCCUUAUCGCCGUCUUCGGUCUGCCCUACCUGAUGGGCAAGCUCAUCAAAGCCCUCGCACGCUCGCAGGAGGAGCGUCGCCAGAUGAUGGUCGGGCCGGACGGCGAGCCCUUGCAGCAGGGCCAGGGCGCCCCGCUCGACCCCUCUAAGCUCGACUUCUGCCGCGUGCUCUACGACUACUCCCCGGAGGCGCAGGAGAGCUCGGGGAUCGACCUCGCCGUGAAGAAGGGCGAUAUCGUGGCCGUGCUCGGCAAGUCUGACCCCAUGGGCAACGCCUCGGAGUGGUGGCGAUGCCGUGCUCGUGACGGCCGUGUCGGCUACCUGCCCGGCCCGUACCUGGAGACGAUCCAGCGACGACCCCCGCAGCAGGCGAUCACCUCGGGCACCGAACGCAGCAACUCGAUGCAGGCCCGUGCGGCGGAAGAAAUCGCCACCGAGACGGUCAAGAAGCCCGAGGCCAAGGGCAAGCCAGGCGAUAUCUCCCCUGAAAGCUUCCAGAAGAGCGCCUUCUACACAUGA